ACACCAACGGUGAUGGGGUGCUGGAUGAGCAGGAAUUGGAGGCACUUUUCACUAAGGAGCUGGAGAAGGUUUACGAUCCCCGAAAUGAGGAAGAUGAUAUGUUGGAAAUGGAGGAAGAACGCCUGCGCAUGCGCGAACACGUCAUGAAGAAUGUGGAUCUUAAUAAGGAUCGGCUGGUGACCCUGGAUGAGUUUGUUAAAUCCACUCAGAGGAAGGAAUUCAAUGAAGCUGAUGGAUGGGAGACAGUAGAAGAAACACAGAUCUACUCAGAGGCAGAGCUCCAACGAUUUGAGGCGGAGCUUAAGGCUCAGGAGGAGGAGUUAAGCCGACGAGCAGAGCAGCUUCACCAGGAGCACAAAGAGCUCCAGCAGCGGCAGGUGGAACUUGAUGCUCAGAAGAAGGAGUAUCAACAGGUUGUGCUUCAAAUGGAACAGAGAAAAUCUCAACAAUCCCAGGUUGGUCCUGGGGGAGAAUUGAAGUUCCAGGCACAGCCGCCUCAUGCAGCCCCAGCAGGUCAUGCUUCUCCUCCUGAGUCCCAUCCAGGAGCCCCCGGAGCAUCAGAGCAUGACGCUCAGAAAGACCAAACAGAAGCUCUUCAGAACCAAGCACACCCAGAGGUUGCUGUCCAAUAGAACACGGCUAUGGUGGAGUCCUGUAUAUUCUUCUUUUCUCAUUGUCAGGGCAUCUAAAUCAAACUUCACCCCAGGACUGUGGAGGAGGGGCCAUGCAAGGCAAUGUUUAAAAGAGGAGAAUGCUUACUAAUUGCCCUCUGCACCCAAUCCUCCAUCUAUUCCACGUAAGCAAACAUUUUUUACCAAACAGAUGACUCUCUUGACAAAGGGAAAUAAUUAAGGGAGGAAAUAGGAACAGCUUUGUUGUUCAAAAGGUUGGGGCAGGCGAAAGAGAAGGAAGUAAGGGUUAGACAUCCUGACAUUCUCGGGUAAUUUUAUCCUACAAGUUCAGAAAUGCUUAUGGGUAUAUAAAAGGGAAGAUAAGGGAAUGAGUAUAAUGCCUCGUAAAUAGAGUAUUGUGCUUUGCCCUCCCUCCUUCCUCUUUUUCCACAAUUGGUUCCCAGAAAUACAGCGUUGCACCCGUUUGCGAAAUAUGUGUUGAGAACUGCUGGGUUUUGUUUUAAAACAAUUUGGUUCCCUUUUAUUUAAUAAAUUGAACCCCUUGAAGUA